ACACAGUCACAAACAUAAAUGCCGGUUUUUAAUUAAAAUUACAAAAAUGAUACCUUUUAUGAGCUUCCCAAUGUGUUCAUCGAGGCGCAUGGUUUCUUACACAUGUUGCUUCGUCACCGUAUGUUUAGUUUUACACGUUUGGAUUAUGACAGACAUUUUUCGAUUCGUAGACAACGUGUCUUCUGUGUUUUUUACGAGAAACAAAGGCCAAAGUAUUCACGCUUCUACCAAACAAUAUUAUAAAACUCGAACUACUACUGAAGUGAAAUACGUGCUCAUGUGGAAAAGAUAUUACUUGAUUAAAUCAAACGACGGGGUAGACAUAUUUCCAACGUUACACUGUCCAGUAUCUAACUGCGUAUUCACAGAUAACAGGAAACUUUUAGGAAAUGACUAUAGCAAUUUCGAUGCCCUUAUUUUUGACUACGAGCUUACAAAGAAAGACGAUAAGCCGGUGAAGCGAUCACGGUCUCAGAUAUACAUUUUCACAACAAUCGAGUCUUCGUACACGCAGCCUCUGUGUGAGGUGACCAAUGAUAAUUUCUUCAACUGGACGUUUACUCCGCGGCUCGAUUCUGAUGUGUUGUGGCUGUAUUUUGUGGUAACGGAUACUAGCGGAACUGUGGUAGCUCCACGUCGAAAUGUGAAGUGGAAAACCAGUUUGGAACCUGUGAGACCUGAAAUAAAGACUAUUUUGCGUCGCAAGAAGAAAACGGCAGCUUGGCUCGUUAGUCACUGCACAACAGAUAGUUUCCGGGACCAGUACUUGUCGCGACUGCAGGAGCAUCUCUACCACUACUCGCUGCGAAUCGACGUGUAUGGCAUGUGCUCGAACAAUAAGUGCCCCAACGACAACUGCGACGAGUUAAUUAAAAACGAAUAUUACUUUUAUAUGGCUUUUGAAAACUCAUUCGCCGUGGAUUAUGUUUCCGAGAAAGUUUUACAUGGCUACAAUAAUUACGCCAUCCCCAUUGUGUAUGGCGGUGCAAAUUACAGCAGAUUCCUUCCACCGGGUUCCUACAUCAACGCCAGAGAAAUACACCCUUACAACCUGGCUUACAUAAUACAAGAGGUGGUGAAAACUCCUGCCCUUCAGGAAACCUUCUUCAGGUGGACCAACCUUUACAAGAUAACCGAUGACCCGAAGGUUUACCACCCCCUCUGCGAUCUCUGCAAAGCUCUACACAGUACCAAAGCACUGUUUGCUCCAGCAAAGAAGAAUAUCAGGGUUUGGUGGAACGGCCGUAACGGCAUGAAGUGGUGCCUAUCUGACAGCUACUGGAACGAAUCAUCCAAAGUCAACAUUGACGCUAAGCAUAUUUUUCCUUUGUAUUAA